UUGGGAAUCCCAAAAUGUUGAACCAAAUUUUCAAAGGAUCUCAACACUACUCUCAUAUAGGUCACAGAGUGUAGUAACCCCCCUCACAAUCCACUCUGACCAGCAGAAAGGGGACAUCAUUUUGGCUUCACCCAUAUGCUCAAGGCAACAUUUAAAUAAAUGUCAGAAUUAAACACUCUGGACACUUUUGUCUAUACAGAGUGCAAAUGAGAGAUAACGAGGUGUAACAUAACUUCUCCGAUUAGUUUGAUAGAAAGGCUUUGCAAUGGUGAAAUAGGGUCAAGAACGUCCUCUUCAAUACAAAACCAGGGAGGGGCUCUCCCUAUUUGCUCUAGAAAUGUAUUUAUUUAUUUAUUUUUGCUUGUUUAUUAGGUCCUACAAGUUACAAAUCAAAAAGGGAAAUGGAAACUGCACACAGCAGUCAUGUGGGGGUCUAAGGAGGUUAAUCAAUAUCUCUGAGGCUGCACAGGGCAAAACGCUAUCAGGAACCCCACAGGAAAAGAACACAUUUAAAUUAAGGCCAAUAUUUCUGACAGGAGAUGGUGCUUGUAAGUAACUCAGCAGAAUUGGCUCAGUGUCAGGAUUCUGUAACAUUCGGUAGCAACGUUUCCACGUGUUAUAUUGUUUUGGCAAGCAUUACAUAUUGUAUUACGAUCUAGAGUAGACAUGCAUCCGGGAUAAAACGGUCAAGGGUAUGACCUUUGAGACACCUGCAUCUGUGCCGAGAUCUAUAGGCCAGACAGAAAGCAACGUUUUAUUGCAACUGUACCAGCUUGUGAAUAAAGGGACACACAGGUCUUCUCAGAAAACCUGCCAAUAUCCUAAUCUUGUCUUUGUUGCCCUAAAUUGCUCCCUUGCUAUUGGUCAUGUGACCCAUACAUAAAGGGUCCAGUCUUUCCUCUCCAUCUGACUUAUCUAAAAUUGCUCAAAAGGAAGUAUUGAUUUUAAGACAAAAAGAGAACAACAGAGAGAUUGUAAAGAUAAGACUUGGGGGAUAAUUAACCACAAAUUCAGACUCAACAAACAUACUGUAAUACCCUAUCAUCUAUUGGUUGUGAAGAAGGGAGGAGGUGAGAUUGAAUGUCUCAGAGACUGUGUGCAUGGUCGUAAAAUGUCUUCUUGUGAGGACCGUUAUAUAAAAGGAGCGUGUGGUUCAAGCGAGCCUAUCUCUGUAAUAUCAAGUCCAGGUAUGAGUCCAUAUGUUUUCUCGAUUAUGGUCAUUUUGUGGCCAGUAAUGGCUGUGGAGAUGGCCACCUUGGAGCGUACACAACUUGGGUUGCAGGUACUCCAAACAUUGCACUGUCCACCGUGUGAGUACAUCCAUUGUUCCCCUCGUAGAGCACUCAAGCUCCAGUGCAAGGGUGGUAUCACCACAGGGAUUUGUGGUUGUUGCCCAGCCUGUGCCAAACUUGCAGGAGAAAGCUGUGGAGGGACGUGGGACUACCUGGGCAAGUGCGAUGAAGGACUGGUUUGUACUUACCAAGAAGGUGCAGACGGAAAACCAGAGGCAGAACGCAAGGGAACCUGCAAAUCAGUGCUUGAGGUCAUCAAAACCAACUCUUGUCGCCCCGAUUGUACAUGGGAAUUCUGUCAGGCAAACCCCAAUGAGAUAUGCUCGUCAAGGUCUGUAGCAAUGAAUAAACUUGAGUGUGGAGGUUACUGUCAGCACACAACCUGCUCCAGCUGUCUGGUUCUCAAACCUCCACCUUGUCCUCAGUCAUGUGGCCCAACAGACCACGUCUGUCUGCAUCGCUAUGGAAGGUGUGUGCGAAGUCACCUAGCCGAGGAAAAACAACCUCCAGUUUGCCACCAGAACCUACAGAGCAACUCUGAGGGAUUCUUUGUGUGCUUAUCUCCUGCCUGUCCAACUACAGUGAACUAAUUCUGCAUUUGAAGAGAAACCCGGCAAUAAUGUGAUCCAGUUCUAAAAUGAAGCACUAAAGGCAGCUAUCUGUAUUAAUGCACUGCAAUCAUUUUUACUCAAAAGAAAUUGUGCUUUCUAGUAUAUAGAUGUAGAAUUACAUAUUAAUUAUAAAUAAUUGUAAUUUAGAUUUUUUAUAAUUUUGAAAUCAUACAUAUAA